AUGGAGAAUGCAUUUCUCCGCACUCCAGCGGAAUCGCUGGAGUACUUCAAGGUGACCGAGCAAACUGGUCUGUCCCAAGAUGCGGUCGCGGAAUCCAGAAAGCAAUAUGGGCCUAACGCACUUGCCGAAGAACCCCCAACCCCUAUGUGGGAGCUGAUUUUGGAGCAAUUCAAGGAUCAGCUUGUCCUUAUCCUCCUUGGUUCGGCCGCCGUGUCGUUUGUGCUCGCUCUCUUCGAAGAGGGCGAUGAUUGGACUGCAUUCGUGGACCCUAUCGUUAUCCUCACUAUCCUUAUUCUCAAUGCCGUCGUCGGAGUCACCCAGGAAAGCAGCGCGGAGAAGGCAAUCUCGGCUCUUCAGGAAUACUCGGCCAAUGAGGCCAAGGUCGUUCGUGAUGGAAAGGCUCGCCGUGUCAAGGCCGAGGACUUGGUCCCGGGAGACGUGAUCCAGAUCGCCGUGGGUGACCGUGUUCCCGCUGACUGCCGACUGCUCGCUAUCCAUAGCAACAGCUUCCGUGUUGACCAGGCUAUUCUGACUGGUGAGAGCGAGAGUGUUGGCAAGGAGACCAAGGCUAUUAAGGACCAGCAAGCUGUCAAACAGGACCAGGUCAACAUGCUCUUCUCUGGUACUACCGUGGUAAAUGGCCAUGCUACUGCCCUUGUAGUCUUGACUGGUGGCUCGACUGCUAUUGGAGACAUUCACGAAAGCAUUACUUCUCAAAUCUCUGAGCCGACCCCCCUGAAGCAGAAGCUGAACGACUUCGGUGACAUGCUGGCCAAGGUUAUUACCGUCAUUUGUGUCCUGGUUUGGGUUAUCAACUAUGAGAACUUCAACGAUCCCGCUUUCGGUGGCUGGACCAAGGGUGCUAUCUACUACCUGAAGAUUGCUGUCUCCCUUGGUGUGGCAGCUAUUCCAGAGGGUCUGGCAGUGGUUAUCACCACCUGUCUGGCUCUUGGUACUCGUAAGAUGGCCCAGAAGAAUGCCGUUGUCCGGUCUCUUCCAUCUGUUGAAACCCUUGGUAGCUGCAGCGUUAUCUGCUCUGACAAAACUGGAACAUUGACCACCAACCAGAUGAGCGUGGAGAAGAUGGUCUACCUGUCCAGCUCCGGCAACGGCUUUGAGGAAAUUGAUGUCGAAGGUACCACUUUCACGCCCGAGGGCAAGCUCUCUCAGAAUGGCAAGGUCGUCGAAAACUUGGCUGUCUCUUCUUCGACUAUCGAACAAUUGGCCGAGGUCACUGCCAUUUGCAACGCUGCUACUCUUUCCCAUGACCCCAAGACCGGAGUCUUCUCUAGUAUCGGUGAGCCCACCGAGGGAGCUCUUCGUGUCCUGGUCGAGAAGAUUGGAUCCACCGACACUGCCCUGAACCAGAAGCUCUACCGCCUCCCUGCGUCUGAGAGAAUACAUGCCGCUAGUGCUCACUACGAGUCCCGUCUUCCUCUCAAGGCUACCUAUGAGUUCUCUCGCGACCGUAAGAGCAUGUCCGUUCUUGUUGGCGAGGGCAAGGAUCAGAAAUUGCUGGUUAAGGGUGCCCCCGAAACUAUCUUCGAACGCUGCACUCACGUCCUUCGAGGCGCCGACGGAACUCGUGUCCCUAUGACCAAGGACCACUUGAAGCUUCUCAGCGAGGAGGUGGUUGAGUACGGUAACCGCGGUCUCCGUGUCAUGGCCAUUGCGAAUGUCAGUGGUGUCUUUGGUAAUCCUCUUUUGAAGAACGCCUCCACUACCGAGGACUACGCCAAGCUGGAACAGGAUAUGACUCUCGUUGGUCUAGUUGGAAUGUUGGACCCCCCUCGUCCUGAGGUUGCCGAUUCUAUCAAGAAGUGUCACGCCGCCGGAAUCCGUGUUAUUGUUAUCACUGGUGACAACCCAAACACCGCCGAGUCAAUCUGCCGCGCCAUUGGUGUGUUUGGUGCUAACGAGGAUCUUACUGGCAAGAGCUACACUGGUCGCGAAUUCGAUAACCUCAGCGCAGGCGAACAGAUGAAGGCUGUUCAGACUGCCUCGCUUUUCUCCCGUACUGAGCCUAGCCACAAGUCCAAGCUGGUUGAUAUCCUCCAAUCUAUGAACCAUGUCGUUGCCAUGACCGGUGAUGGUGUCAACGACGCCCCCGCUCUGAAGAAGUCCGACAUUGGUGUCGCCAUGGGUACUGGAACUGAUGUUGCUAAGAUGGCUGCCGAUAUGGUUCUCGCGGAUGACAACUUCGCUACCAUUACCGUUGCCGUCGAGGAAGGUCGCUCAAUCUACAGCAACACUCAACAGUUCAUCCGCUACCUAAUCUCAUCCAACAUCGGAGAGGUCGUGUCUAUCUUCUUGACUGCUGCUCUGGGCAUGCCAGAGGCUCUGGUUCCUGUCCAGCUCUUGUGGGUUAACCUUGUCACCGAUGGUCUUCCCGCCACUGCUCUGUCUUUCAACCCUCCGGACCAUGACGUUAUGAAGCGCCCUCCCCGCCGCCGUGACGAGGCUCUCGUCGGCGGUUGGUUGUUGUUCCGCUACAUGGUUAUCGGUAUUUAUGUCGGCGCUGCCACCGUGUUUGGUUACGUCUGGUGGUUUAUCUACAACCCCGAGGGUCCCAACAUCACUUUCUGGCAGUUGUCCCACUUCCACAAGUGCUCUGCUCAAUUCCCCGAGAUUGGUUGCGACAUGUUCAGCAACGACAUGGCCAAGUCUGCAUCCACCGUCUCUCUUUCCAUCCUUGUGGUGAUUGAGAUGCUGAACGCCAUGAAUGCCCUGUCCUCCAGCGAGUCUCUCCUGACUUUCUUCCUGGGCAACAACCCCAUGCUGGUCUACGCCAUCACUCUGUCCAUGGCCCUUCACUUUGCCAUUCUCUACAUUCCUUUCCUUCAGAAUCUGUUCUCAAUUCUGCCCCUGAACUGGACCGAAUGGCAGGCAGUCUUGGUCAUCAGUGCGCCAGUUAUUCUGAUUGAUGAGAUCCUCAAGUUCGCUGAGCGUUGCCUCUACAACACCCGUGUUUCCGUCUCUCCGGCCGCUAACGGCGCCGCCGGUAAGCCCAAGCGGGCUUAA